UGGUGUAUGUUGACACAGACCGUCAGCUGACGGCGGCCGGCCGGGCGGCGACAGCGUCCUCACAGCCCCCAGAGGCUGUUUGAACAGACUCCCAACACAGUGGCCCGCGUAGCGUCAGUGGAACAGGAGCGUGCGACUGUGGUGGUGGAGCAUUUGGGAGGGACGCUCUGAGCUGAUCUAGAGGCCGGCGCCAUGACCACGGUGGCGGAGGACAAUUUCGGCGUGUACCGCACGGCUAACACGAGCCAGCCGGUGCGCCGUUUCACCCUCUCCAACUCUGCCGGCACCGAGGCCCAGGUCAUCAACUACGGCGCGCGCCUGACCUCGCUCAAGGUGCGCGGCCGCUCCGGUCAGCCGGUGGACGUCGUGCUCGGCGAGGACACCUACGACGGCUACCUGGCGGCGACGAGCCGCUUCUUCGGCUGCACGGUCGGCAGGGUGGCCAACCGGAUCGCCGGGGCCACGUUCACGCUGAACGGUCAGACGUACCAGCUGACCCAGAACCGCCCGCCGCUGCACCUCCACGGCGGAGAGCGCGGCUUCGACCGGCAGCUCUGGGGGUCCCAUGUGGCCGGAGACAGCGUCACAUUCACCUACAUCAGUCCGGACGGCGAGGAGGGCUACCCGGGCCAGCUGACCACCCACGUGACCUAUCAGCUGACCGAGGACAGUCAGCUGGUGAUCCGGUACCAGGCCAUGACGGACCGGCCCACCCCGGUGAACCUGUCCAACCACAGCUUCUGGAACCUGGCGGGGCACGGCGCCGGCCGGGACGCCCUGCUCCGACACCAGGUCACCAUUAACGCCGACACUGUACUGGAGGUGGACGACGCGUGUCUGGUCACCGGCCGGCGGCUGCCGGUCGCCGACUCGGCGUUUGAUUUCCGCCUGCCGCAGCCGCUCGGGGAGGCGAUGGCGGCGGCUCCAGGUGGCGGAUUCGACCACAACUUCUGCCUGGAACGGCCCGAAGACGGCGCGGUGGGCGCCGCCGCGGCGGUGCACAGUGCCGACACGGGUAUAGCCAUGGAGGUGUUCACAGACCAGCCCGGCAUGCAGUUCUACACGGGGAACUUCCUUCCGGCGGACGGAGCCCCUGGUAAGGCGGGCGCCACCUACAGCCGGCAGGGAGCCUUCUGUAUGGAGACGCAGAAGUUCCCGGACGCUGUGAACCGGCCUGAGUUCCCCAGCACCAUCGUUAACCCGGGAGAGGUCUACCAGCACACCUGCAUCUACAAGUUCUCCGUCCGUGAUGUCCUGUAGUAGGUAGCGCUGCGAUCAGUCUGGGAGGGCUGGUGUGUAGGUGGCGCUGCGAGCGAUGUGCUUUGUAGAUGGCGCUCUGGGAGCGUGUGGUAGUGAAUUCCUGCAGCCUGCGAGAUCGUGGAUGCUCAGCUUGCCAGUAAGUCAGCUCAACUAGGAAGAGGGACUAACCUAUCAAAUUCAGUAGCUAGUCUUGCCAGCUGGUAGUAUGGUUCCCAAGUAGACGCAUCACCUAGAAAAUAUAGCCAUCGGUCGCUUUGACAGUAUUUUAGCUCAGGUAACCUGGUCCGCUCUUAGCUCGUGUAACGUGGGAAUGAAAAGAAAUUGUCACUGGCGAUUUCGGUCCUGUGUUUCAGGAAUCGUGUUGUAAUCAGACGAAAAUGUGCUUUUUGACUUGCUUUUUGAUCACUGGUUGUUGUAUUUUGGUCAUGAGGUCGGACACCUUACGCCCGUUCCCGAUUUGUGGAGUCGCCAGUCGGCGGGUGUGCUGGCUCACAGUGCGAUUGUCGGGCAUUUUUGUGAGUGUUCAGGGAGUCAGCCAGUUCAUAAGUGUGCGUACUGCGUAUGUGAAACGUCUGCCUGCCAACGUAUUGUACAAUACAUACAAGUGACAGAAA